AUGGAGGUGGACCUGGAAUCGCCGUUAGCCAGGGCCAAUGGCCGCAAGGAAGGAGCCGCUGCCUCGGGGGAAGAGGCGCCAAACAAAAAGAAGAAGCUCGGUCAAAUGGCGGGCGACGCCGACGAAGAUUUGGCCAAGGUCGAAGGAGCCCUGCGGGGCAAGGACAUCGCCAGUGCUCUUUCUCGCGUGCCAGCACGCGCAGAUACUAAGGGACCCGACAGCGUCCGAGUGGAUGUCGCUCGUGCUCUCGGCCGACUGCUGCAUCGUGAACGCCGCGAAGACGGCGGGCAAGUUUUACGCCGAGGUGGCAGCAGUUCAGGGCGCGCCGCGUUCAAGGCCAUGGUGGACAACGAGGAGGCCAAAGGUCUUGCGGAGCCUUACGAGGCAGCGACAGCAUUCUACACGAAGUGCCUCUCCGUAGCAUCGCUGGAGGACCAGGCCCUGGUCAUUCAUCACUUUCGCGUUCGGCGAUGUUACAGAGAGAAAUUCAUGAGGCUCCAGUUCAGCAUUGCGGAAGGCUUCCAGAUCAAAGGUUCAGAGUUGACGAAGUUGCUCUUGGAGCAGGCCGUGAUCAGGAUCCCGACGCAUUUCCGAGGCCGCCUGAAGCUCGGAUCUGCGCCAGUGGGCCACAUCGAGCAGAUGGCCCCGAAGCUCCUGGAUCGGACGAAAAGGGGACCAGUGCAGGGAGCAAGCGGCGACCAUGACGUGGGAACAGCGACGCGAAUCACUUCGACAGCGUAUCGCCGCCAAGGAACGCUUCCAUAA